AUGGGACGAGAGUUGACAGAGAGGGUUGACGAUUUAUCCCACGAUGUUAGAAUGCUACGAGGGGAUGGUGGAGAUGAUCGAGAGGGUGGUAGAGAUGGUGAUGGAGAGGGGGGUCAUCCACAUUUUUGGCAUGACGAGGUAUUAGAGUCAUUUUGGUUGUUUAUGGAGGGGGAUAGGGUGGCCCCGAUGGGGGGGCAAUGGGGAGGAGGCACCGAUAGGAAAGACGGAGGAGGUGGCGACAGAGGGGGAGGCCCCGAUGGGAGGGGCGGAGGAGGUGGCGACAGAGGGAGAGGGCCCGAUGGGGGGCAGAGGAGGUGGCGACGGAGGAGGGGGCCCCGGAGGGCGAGAGGACGCCCAUCGUGA